UGUACAAACUGAGACGUGUGGCGAGUACAACACUCUUUCUAAAAUCUGACGAAGCACCUUCCUUCCGGAGCUUCCAUUCUACGACGUCGUCACUGCCGGAAUUUCUCUUUCAAAUUCCGUCUCCGGCUGACCGCCUCUCCCCCCCCCCCCAACUCGCCUCCGGUCACACACGUAUGAGUUGCUAGGGUUCUUGCAUUUGAGCUUUCGAUGCCGGAAAAGGUGUGUGACCUUAGUGGUUACUUGGCACAGAAGAAGAUUUGCUGCAGUAGAAGUGUUGUUCUGGCAUAGCUGUUACGUUUGUGUUGUUAUGUCAGAAGCUGCAAAAGAUUUGGUUGGUUCGAGUAAACGCCAAAAAUUAGGACCAGACUACUUUGGUUACUAUACACAUGAAGUGGUAGAGUUGUUGUCACAAAAUGAAGAUGUUUCACCUUUUGCUUCCAAAUCCUCAGAUAUAUCUCGAAGCAGAUAUGUGGAGGUUAGGGGCAAGGAUAGGAUUGAGCAUAGUAAUGGUGUGUCUGGUUCGUUGUUUAGUAACAACCUAGGGAAUGAGCUCUCAGAUUUCAGAAAAGAAAGAUUGAAGUUGUUGCUCAGACAGGGUGUUAAAGUCCUUGCACCAGAAGUUGAUGAGAUGAUAGAACCUGUUGUAGCUAUGAGCCAGUUAAAAUCACAGCUAGAGAGCAGAAAGUGUUUAUCAAGAGGUGCAGCAAGUGAUGUUGAUGCAGGGAAAGCACCUUCUCCUAAGAAACUAAAGAGAUCUUCAUGCUCUUCUAGUAGCCUCUCUGCACUUUCUAGUCCCACCAAUUCCGAAUCAAACAGAGAGGUCGAUGAUGACUGGCAGUUCCUUAUAGAGAACAACAGCUUGCAGGUGGAGGAGACAGUAAAAAAAUAUUGUGAUCAAUAUUAUGCAAAACUAGGGCACAUGGAGCAGCAGCUUGAGAAAAUUCUUGAUACUGUGAUGUCCAAGUGCAGGCCUAUGACCAUACAUGAGAAGCACAAGCUUGGAAAACAGAUUCAGAAGUUACCACCAGAAAACCUUGACCGUGUUAUGGAAAUUAUCCAGAAUAGCAACGCAGCUUAUACGAAUUCCUCGGAUGAAGUUUCUGUGGAUCUUGAAAAGGAGUCUAAUGUAACCCUUUGGAGAUUGUUUCAUUACGUAGAAGCAGUUGAGAAUGCUAGAAAGCUCGCAAGUAGCUAAAUGUCAAAAGCUGUAGCAGGCCUAUAUGAAUAUAUCAGUCAUCAGGCUAUUUCCCUCGCUUCUUCCCGGGGCUGUAAGGUUUAGAUGGUUACUCUUCCCGAUUUUGAUACCUAGUGUAUUUGGGAGAAGCGGGUACUUGAGAGAAGGGUGCUGACGGUUCUACCUUUUGACUAUAGGGUUUUGGGUAAAUCUAACCAUAAUAGGUUUGAUGGUCUUGACCUUUAUGGCCCAGAAGUGCAUUAUUUUAGAGCACUCAAGUUCAGAUGAAUGCAAGAAGAGUAGAUAAUUUUUUCCUUCUUUUUAAAUGUAAUCGGCAUUGUGCUCUGCAGAGAGUAGGUUUUAAUCAUACGGAAAGCUGUACAUCUGUUACUGUAUACUGACACAAGAAAGUUAGGGAAUUGAAGUUUUGCAAUAUUCAUAGUGAAAUUCCAUCA